GCCUGACAGACAAUGAGGGCAGCGGGCCGGCCGUGAGCUGAGGCGGCGGCGGCGGCGGCAGCGGCUGGGAGGAGGAACAGGAGACGGACGACGCGGGGCCCGGGGGGCGGGGGCGGGGCGCCAGCCAUGGACAAUCAGUGCACUGUACAGGUGAAGCUAGAGCUGGGACACCGAGCCCAGCUGAGGAAGAAGCCCACCACUGAGGGAUUCACUCAUGACUGGAUGGUGUUUGUUCGAGGUCCAGAGCAAUGUGACAUCCAACACUUCGUGGAAAGAGUGGUGUUUCGGCUACAUGAUAGCUUUCCAAAACCCAAACGGGUGUGCAAAGAGCCCCCUUACAAAGUGGAGGAGUCUGGCUACGCGGGUUUCAUCAUGCCGAUUGAAGUUCACUUCAAGAACAAGGAGGAGCCGAAGAAGGUUUGCUUCACAUAUGACCUGUUCCUGAAUCUGGAGGGAAAUCCGCCUGUGAAUCAUCUUCGUUGUGAGAAACUGACUUUCAACAACCCCACCAAGGAAUUCCGAUCCAAGCUUCUGAGGGCAGGAGGGAGAGAGAAGGUGAUGGUAAUGCCAGAAGGAGCAGAAACGGUAUCCAGGCCCAGUCCUGACUACCCCAUGUUGCCCACAAUACCACUCUCUGCCUUCUCAGAUCCCAAGAAGACCAAACCAUCCCAUGGCUCCAAGGAUGCAAAUAAGGAAAGUGGUAAAGCCUCCAAGCCCCAUAAAGUGACCAAGGAACACCGAGAGAAGCCGAGGAAAGACUCUGAGAGCAAAGGCUCCUCCAAAGACCUGGAUCGUGAACAGACUAAGCCACCGAAGGACAGCUCUCGGAAACCCCCUGAGAAUAAAUUGCCCAAGGAGGAGAAGGCACCUCCAAAAGCAGCUUUCAAGGAACCAAAACUGGCAGUAAAGGAGACCAAAUUGGAAAAUAUGUCUCCGAAGGGUGGGCCCCAGCCUGAGCCUAAGCCUUCCAGCAAGCGACCUGCCAAUGUGGACUCACCAAAGCCCAGCGCCAAAAAACAAAAAAAAAGCAGCUCCAAAGGGGCAAAGAACAUCUUGGCGACCUCUCCCCGGACCUCGUCUUCCUCAUAUCCGGACAAGAAGCAGACUAAGGAGAAGAUGAAUGCCAAAGCUGAGAAAGUAAAAUCAGAGAGUGAGCCCAAGGAGAUCAAAAAACCUGUGGAUCUGGAAGAAUCUAAUUCUGAAGAUGAAGCUUCCUUCAAGUCCGAGGGGGUGAAGUCUGUCCAGUCCAGCCCUUCCAACUCCAGCUCCAGUUCGGAUUCCAGUUCAGAUUCGGAUUUUGAGCCAUCUCAGAACCACAGUCAAGGCCCCCUGCGUUCUAUGGUGGAAGACCUGCAAUCAGAGGAAUCAGAUGAAGACGAUUCCUCUUCUGGUGAGGAGGCAGCUGUCAAAACGAAUCCAGGCAGAGAUUCCAGGUUGAGUUUCAGUGACACUGAUAGUGACAACAGUGCAGACUCUUGCCUGCCCAGUCGAGAGCCCCCUCCUGCUCAGAAACUGCCUCCAGCCAACAGCAAGGCAUCUGGAAGGAAGAGUCCAGAAUCUUGCAGCAAACCAGAAAAAAUUCUAAAGAAGGGAACAUACGACAAGGCCUACACAGAUGAGUUGGUGGAGCUUCACCGGCGGCUCAUGGCCCUCCGUGAACGCAAUGUGCUGCAGCAGAUUGUCAACCUCAUCGAGGAGACGGGACACUUUAAUGUCACCAACACCACCUUUGACUUUGACCUUUUCUCUCUGGAUGAGACCACCGUCCGCAAGCUGCAGAGUUACCUCGAGGCCGGGGCCACAUGACACUGGGUCCAGACGACGGGCGCCUUGGGAAACCAUCAGGCCAGUCUCCCAGUACCAGGAAACCAGUCCCCACAAGUAGACCUUACUCUCUCAAUUCACCCGCAGCACUGCCUUAGCGAACAGCCAUGCUCUCUGAACGCACAGCUCAACAGGCCUCUCCCCUUAGCUAUGGGAAGAGACCUGGGCACAGGUCUGAGCAGAGCAAGAGGAGCCGAGCAUCCCUCCCCCACAGAGAGUCAGCGUAUUCGGUUUGACUUUGAAAACUGCUUUUGUGUCAAGAAACACAUCAGGUCUCUCUUGAGACAGGAAGAACUUGACUGGCGCCAGAGCAAACGGUUUCUUCACCUCACCUCACAACUGGCCCCCAAAGCAGCAGCUGCCUUUUCCCAGCUCUGGGAGGGUUGUUCAUGUUGGGGGCCCAUGGUUUGACAGUUGGGACUUCCUGAGCCGUCUGGGUCGGCUCCUGUGGAAUAGAAACCCUGAUUCCCUCCCCCAUCCUUUGGGCCUGCCCUAUUUUCCCCUCCCUGAACAGUUUGGUACAAGUACAAUUCCCACCCAGGUCUUGGGAAGGCAUCAGUCUGGCUCUAUGGCAAGGAGGCCUAGUGUCUCAGCCGUGAGCAGGGUGGCCGAGCUCUGAGCCUCCCUCCUUCCAGUCUGCUUUAACUGUCCUAGGAUUCCAAGCCUCUGUAUGCUGUAUAUAUUCUCUAUAUAUUCUAUAUAUGUAUGUAUGUAUGUAUGAGCGCCGAGUCGGGCUUCCGAUUUCAGGAUGUGUGUCCUGGUCCUUGUUCUGAAUUGCAUUGGCACAUGGGAGGAGGAAGGCAGUUACUGAGGUUUGACUCUAAAAAUGGAAAAGGAUUUUUGGAAUUACAUGGGAAGGGUUGGAUUCAUUGCCAUAUGCAGAAGUCAGGGUGAGACUGCUUUGGCCAGAAUGGACGAUGUUGUCCAGGCCGCUUCUUCCUGUCACCACUGCCUCACUCCUCCAGACCCCUUCCCGUACCAGCUUUUUGGCUCUGCGCAAGGAAACCAGAACAAGGGAACGUUGGGGUGUGGAUGCCGACCCACUCGGGCCAUGUUUAAGGCCUCUCGGCUCAUCCCCAGUGAACACUAAGGAGCAGUGGUUUCUGCCUGAGGGAGGGAGCGGAGCCUUCUGACACCCAAGCACACACAUGCCUGCCUAGUGAAACUAGCAGUGGUUUCUGAGCACUGACUGUAUUCAGUAGCAGGAUACAGCUGGUUUAAAGCUGUCUCCUGGAUCCAGCUCUUCUUCCCUUUUGUUUAGUACUCUCUGAACUUUGAAAAUGGAGCUUUUGCCAAAUAAGGUGGGAGAAACGCAAAAGAUUGGAUCAGACCAAGCCCCAGGCUGGUUGGGGCACUUCUCAGCGCUUUCCCCUCUGCUCCAGGUAACACUUGGGCUCUUGGUAGCCGGACUCUUGUCUUCUACCCCAUCCUGGUUUCCUCCCUCUCCGUGCCCUCCCGUUUGUCUGUCAGCUCUGGCGCAGCUGUUUAUUCUGUGGUGAUAGAUAAUGAGCAUGUUAGCGUGGGGCCACCUGGAUCCACUUCCUGUUCACUAGGGUCCCAUUGUGUACCACCUUCCCUCAUUCCCUCCCCCACCCCUGCCUCACCCCCAUUUGUUUCUUUUAAUGCCAAGAUCUGGCCAGGUCAGUUCUUCCCCUGCCUCUGGCACGAGAUUAGAUAGAAGCCCCAUAAGAACAACAGAUCUCCCUACCAACUCAGCAUUAGCCCCCUGGCCCAGCUCUCCUGAAAGCAUGCACACCUCCUUCCUUCUUGCUAUGGAACAAACCCCACCCUGCCCUACGCCAGUCCUUGCACUUGUGUUUGAACUGUGAGAGCAUUAGAAUUUAUGUACUGGGAAUGGCUGGGGAGAUGACACAGAGUAUUUGGGCCACGUAGUGGUGCCCUUCCUGCAGUGGCACCUAAGAUACCACUCUCCCCACUUACCUCACUCCAUCCAGUUGCAGCCAUGUCCUCACUGUCAGCCAGUUGAACUGGGGAUAGGACUUCCCGAAACAAGUCUUAGCUCUGGGGAGCCCCCUUGGGGCAGCACUCAAGUCUCUCCUUCCUUGGUGGCCUUUGGCACUUCCAGAUGGCAACUUUCAGUGGAAAAGUCCCAUCAUUUGAGGCCCCCAAGGAAAAUUAUAAUGGGUGCUUUUCACUAUCUGAUCACCCCCCACAACCACCGAUUCUGUGCAUCAGACCUCAAAAGAGAAGCUUCUCAUCUCCUACCCCCACUCUGCCCUGACUGGUGGUGACAGCCAUAUCUUUGGAGUACUAGAAAGUACACAAACCAUGUUUCCUGUACUCCACACUCAUGGCAGACAUGUCUGAGAGGCAGAUUUCCUAGCAUUCCCCUAAUUGGCAGUUGCCUUGAAGCUUGGCCUUCCCCAAAAGUAGACAAAAUAAGCUGGCCUGAAAUAUGCAGGCAGGAAGCCCAGUCGUAGCCAACAGCUGAGUUGCCAGUGGCAACCUUGUAACUGCCACAGUCCUGAGAUAUCUGUGGCUUCAGGAUUUUUUUUAAGGGCCCUUUGGGGGUUCGAGGGCCGUUGACCCCAGCCUGUGUUUAUUCCCUGAAUCAGGAGCAGAUUCCUUAAGCACUGGUUAGUCAGAAGGUUGGCUUCCCUCCAGGAGGCUUGGACACAAGGAAUGAGGGAGGUGAGGGCAGGGACCCAGCCCUCAGUCCCUUUGUUCUUGCCAAGGGAAUGCCUGCCAGAUUGUUCUGACUUACUCUGCUGGAUAAUGUCCUGGAUUCUUUUCCCUUACCCCACCCCUACCCCCUAAGGAAAAAAAAAAAGUCCCUGUGCUUGUUAAGGUUUGUCAGGUGUCCCUUUGGAUGUCAGCAGGCUGUGGGGGCCUCCCUGUGCACUCAUGUUUCUACAGAAGCCCUGGAAGUGUUUCCGGAGCAUCCCCCACACACACCGUACCUACUGUGGGCCCCGCCCCCUACCGGCGAGGACUCUGCCAGACUUGAGUAGGAGAGAGGGACUUGCCUUUGCACUCCUUACAAACAGUAUGUAAGUACAUACGCCUCAAACUGAGUGUUAAUUCCUUGUAUUCUGCUGUGUCUUUGAAUGAACAAAAAAUGCCGAAAGCAAAGGUAUUCAAUACCUUCUAUCACAGGAGGGUUUUUAACAGAACAUCUCUGGCACUGAACUAAUUAAUAUGUUCUUCUGGCUGGAGACAGACUCCUGGAUCAAAGAAAUGAGGAGAAUCAUGUUUGUAAUAAGUUACAGGAUUGUUUCUGUCCUGGAUUUUAAACAUUUUUGUUAAAUUGUGAAAUUCCAGAGGAGUUUUAUAGAAAACAGUGAAAUAAAGUAAGAUGGAAAAAGUCUGUA